CGCAGCGCGAGGGGUGUCGGGGCCGCGCGCGGGAGAGAGGGUGUCGAGGCCGCGCAGCGCGCGCCCGCUGCAGGGACGGGGACUGACGGACGGCGUCAGAUUGAUUUACUUCUCUGAAUGGAAACGGGAAUUUCUCCUCGUCAUUGUAUUUAGAGGAAGGAAACAACAGCCAUUUGCAAUGAGUGAGCCCUGCCAGAGACCAAUGUAAAGUAAGAAAGGGCUCCUAAUGUGGUACACUGAUUGAAAAACUGAGCUCAGCUGUUUAGAUCUGACAUGUCGUCAUCGGGUGUACCUAAAGAACGCAGCAGACAACGUCUUCAAAAUCCACUUGAAGCUUGGCGUAUGCAAAAUGAAGUGUUUACCCACGACACUAGUUUGGAAAUGGAUGAAAAAAAAGCCCUUUUGAAUGACAAUGGAUUAUACAAAUCCAAUCAUAAUAUAGUUCUUAAAAAUGAUCUUAGUAACAUUCUAUUGCUCUUAUUCCUCUAUGUCUUGCAGGGAAUUCCACUUGGUGUGGCUGGGAGCAUCCCACUAAUACUGCGGAGCAAAAACGUUAGUUAUUCUGACCAAGCUAUUUACAGCUUUGUAUUUUGGCCUUUCAGUCUGAAACUGCUGUGGGCACCUUUAGUGGACGCUGCUUAUUUUUCAAGAUUUGGGCGGAGAAAGUCAUGGUUGGUGCCAACUCAGUAUUUUCUAGGCCUUUUUAUGUUUUUUCUAUCAUAUGAAGUGGAUGAAUUACUGAAAAGCAAUGAACACACCAGCCCCAAUAUUAUUAAACUUACAGCUGUGUUUUUUAUGUUUGGAUUCCUGGCUGCUACGCAAGAUAUAGCAGUGGAUGGUUGGGCAUUAACGAUGCUGUCCAAGGAGAAUGUCGGACUUGCAUCUACUUGCAAUUCAGUUGGACAGACAGCUGGUUACUUUCUGGGUAAUAUACUCUUUUUGGCACUGGAAUCAGCUGAGUUCUGCAACAAAUAUCUACGCACCCAAUCUCAACCAACUGGAAUAGUCACCUUAGCAGAUUUUCUGUUUUUCUGGGGGAUAGUUUUCGUGGUGACAACAACUUUGGUAAUGGUUCUUAAAAAGGAAAACAGUGGACAAGCGGGGUUGCAUCAAGCUGCUCAGCAAGGAAUCAAGGAAACUUACAAGUCGCUCAUCUGUAUAAUAAGGAUGCCUGCUAUCUUAAAUUUCUGCUUCCUUCUGCUAACAUCAAAAAUUGGCUUCUCGGCUGCUGAUGAAGUGACUGGACUGAAGUUGAUUGAAAUGGGAGUGCCUAAAGAGCAGUUGGCUAUACUUGCAGUGCCCAUGGUUCCUCUGCAGAUUUUACUACCCAUCGCAAUAAGCAAAUAUACAGCUGGCCAUAAACCGCUGAAUAUUUUUUAUUGGGCAAUGCCAUUCAGAUUAACCAUGGGCAUAAUAUUUGCUUUAUUAGUUUUUUGGACUCCAAUGGUAAAACAGGGCACAGAGUUUCCUACGUAUUACUAUGGAGCGCUGUUGUUCAGUUAUGCCUUGCAUCAGGUGGCUGUUUAUAGCAUGUAUGUAGCUGUUAUGGCAUUUAAUGCUAAAAUUAGUGAUCCUUCGAUUGGAGGAACAUACAUGACUUUAUUGAAUACCAUCUCUAACCUUGCUGGAAACUGGCCAGCUACAUUAGCUCUUUGGUUGGUGGAUCCACUCACUGUCAAGAAGUGUAUAGGUGCACCUGAACAAAGCUGUAGAUCGGCAAUAGAUUCUGAGCUUUGUGUUAAAUCUGGUGGUUCUUGUUCAACUGUAUUGGAUGGCUACUAUGUAGAAUCUGUGUUCUGCAUUCUUUUUGGGUUCGCCUGGUGGCUCUGCAAUGGAAAGAAAUUCCGAAAUCUGCAGGAUGAACAUCCAUCCACGUGGCAGUGCAAGAGGAAUAAUUGAGGUCUUAGUGAUGGGAACAUUGGAGUUUUAUGAAAUUUAGACCUCAUGACCAAUAUUCAUGGAAACAAGGAGAAAAAAGAGUAUUUUAUCCGUUUUAUAAAGUUUAUUUUGAAUAGUUAAGUCUAUGCUACAACUGGUGAUGGUAUGCAUUGAAUUAAUUUUAAUGAUGCAUUUGUUUUUGUUUUCUUUGGUUACAGUACCUACCUAUGGUGCAAAAUUCACUCAUAGAUAGCUAUCAGGUUACAUUGUUUCAGAUGCCAUACAAGACACAUUUUAAAAGUUGGUCCAAACUGAAUUGUAUUUUUGUGAGAGAAACUGGGUGAUUGACUAUGCAAGCUCACUGUCCCUCCACUGCAAGCACAAAUUAUUUAACGGAUUCAUAAGGCAAUUGUUUAAGAGCACAGUUGGUUAAGUAAAUCCAAUAAUCAUACUACCUCUCUAAAUCGAGGUCAAAUUUUGAAUUGAAAAUUCAUAUGAACAUUUUUGGGUCAAUUUACAUGAAAGAUACUAUUGUGCUAACUAUUUUUCCUGCACACAAUAUUGCAGUUAUAUAUCAUUGAAACUCUUUUACACAAUUGGACCGUAACAUGAUAGAGGAAGGAGUCUACAAAGAACCAUCCUCGACAAAAAAUACCCAACCUCGUACCAUGUACCAUAAAUUUUUGUAUCUUCCCACAUGGAAAUAAAAGCAAUUUACCACAUUAAUGUAGUCCCACACCUAUUUCAACUAGUUAGAAUUUUAUAAUAUGAAAUAACUUGGGACGAACUUUAAUGAAAUCGGAGCGGCAGAACAGGAAGAGAAAGUGUCCAACACUCAGUGGGUCAUGCAGCAUCAGUGAAAAGAGUUACAGAUCCUUUGUAUGACAAAUGUCCAAAAAAACAGAAUAGCUUGUAAAUUGUACAUUAAAUUGAUUCCAUUCAAAAAGUCGACAUCUA